AUGCUAUGCCACAACUUUUCGAGCAAGGUCAGCGAACUUCUCCUUACCCGGAUGAACUGCCCUUUUCUGCAAAAUGUACAAGUAAGAAACCAUAAAAUUAUCAAACCUAGAAACAUCAUAAAGCUAUGGAAAAUUAGCAAAGGGGACCAAGUGAAGGUGAUAUCAGGAAAGGAUAAGGGCAAAAUAGGGGAGGUAUUAAGUUGUGAUAGAUUUAGGAACAUGGUUAAAGUAAAAGGAUGUAAUUUGAGAAAAAUCUAUCUCGAUAAUAAAUUUGUUUAUAUUGAAAAGAAAAUCCACUAUUCCAAUGUCCAACUGAUUGAUGAUUUUUUGAAGACAAACACCAAGGUGUGCAUUAGAUAUACGGAUGACAAUGAGGCUAUACGGAUAUCAAAAAAGUCUGGAAUUGUUAUUCCGUGGCCCUCCAAGACGAAUAAAGAGGACGAGUUUGAUGAUGUGCAGGAAUAUCCCCUGGAUACGCCACCGCAGGAGGCCCUCAAAAAGACAUACGACUACAAGACCGAUGUGAAGUUCAUGAAUAUAUUACGCCAGACGGUUAACAAAUACAACAGGGAGCUUUCCUAG